UACCCAUUCGUGGAUAUAUCUUACAACUGGAUGCCACGAAUAUGCGACCACUGUCGAGUGUGAGCCAGUUCAAACCAAACAAAAGGUACAGCCCAGUAGCUAGCUGGAGAGACACACACACCAAACCUGCUUUUCCUUGAGCCCUUCCAACUUCCGAUUAAUUCCCUGUCGUCUACCUCAGGGGUGGGGGAGAUCCUAGCUAGGAUGGCAGCAGCAAUGACGGUGGCGUGCUGCGGGCUGGAGGAGGAGACGGUGAUGGGUGACGAGAAGGCGCCGGGGGCGUGCCCGCGGUGCGGCGGGGCGGUGGUGGCCACGGACGUGGAGAGCGCGCGGCGGGUCCUCUGCUGCCUCCCGCUGUGCGUCAGGAACAAGCGCAAGUUCUCCUGCGCACGGUGCCGCCGCAGCCUCGCCGCGCUCUACACCCACGCCUAGCUAUUACCGUGCCAAACCUCACUGCGAUUAGCUAGCUUCCAUGUUUUGGCUACUUUCAGUUUGUAGCAAGCACAGCAUGCAGGGUAAUUAGUAUUCACCAAUCACCAGUAGUUGUGUAAUUUGUUCAUUAAGUUUGAUCAUGUCUGCUAGAGCACCAUGUUGAUGUUGAUGUUGAUGUGGAGCCAACUAAUCUUCAGGUUUUAGGUUCUUAUUCGUCCGUGAUGUACUCUUUUUGUGUGCUCUUUCAUGCAUCCAAAUUGUAUUUCUCAUGGAUUCUUCCUUGGGAUUUCGCAGCGGCCACCUCAUUACUGGAUAGUCUUUCUCUUCUCUUCUUUUC